UAAAAAAAAUUGUGCCGGCGUUGAAUCAAGCAUCGCCAUUUAACACGUGCAUCGUGUUGAUAAUAUUUAACCAUUAUUAACAAUAAUUCGUUAACAAUGGCAGAAAUUGAAAAAAUGAAGAAAAAAAAUAGAAAGUCACUUGGUGACCAACAAGUAGCAAUGGAAUGUAAAAUGGAGCCAUCUGAUGCUCCAAGCAAACUGGAUUGCAAAGAUUGGCCUCUUCUUUUCAAGAAUUUUGAUAAAAUGAUGACCAGAACAAAACACUUUACACCAUUGGCAUGUGGUACAACACCACUCAACAGAAAUAUCAAAGAACAUCUUAGUUAUGGUUGUAUUAAUUUGGACAAACCAUCAAAUCCAUCAUCUCAUGAAGUUGUUGCAUGGAUAAAACGUAUAUUAAAAGUUGAAAAAACAGGUCAUUCUGGUACACUUGAUCCAAAAGUAUCUGGUUGUCUUAUUGUUUGUAUUGAUCGUGCAACAAGACUUGCUAAAUCUCAACAAUCAGCUGGUAAAGAAUAUAUAUCUGUAUUCAAACUUCAUGAAUCAGUUAGUGACACUAAAAAGGUUGUAUCUGCAUUGGAAAGAUUACGUGGUGCGUUGUUUCAAAGACCUCCACUAAUAUCAGCAGUCAAGCGACAGUUACGUGUCAGAACAGUUUAUGAUAGUUGGCUGUUGGACUAUGAUACUGAGCGCAAUAUGGGAGUAUUUAAAGUUAAAUGUGAAGCUGGUUCUUAUGUCAGAACAAUAUGUGUACAUUUAGGUUUAUUCCUUGGUACUGGUUGUCAAAUGCAAGAAUUGAGAAGAAACAGAUCAGGUGUACAAGAUGAAGAAGAUAAUAUGGUUACAAUGCAUGAUGUUAUGGAUGCUGCUUGGUUAUAUGAAAAUCAUAAUGAUGAAUCAUACUUGAGAAGAGUUGUUAAACCAUUAGAAGCACUUCUUGUUAAUCACAAGAGAAUUGUUGUCAAGGACAGUACUGUAAAUGCAAUCUGUUAUGGUGCCAAAAUAAUGUUACCUGGUGUAUUGAUGUAUGAUGAAGGUAUUGAGCUCAAUCAAGAAAUUGUCAUUGUAUCUACCAAAGGUGAAGCUGUUGCCUUGGCUGUUGCACAAAUGACAUCACCAACAAUGGCUGCAUGUGAUCAUGGUGUUGCUGCUAAAAUUAAACGUGUUAUUAUGGAUAGAGAUAAGUAUCCAAGAAAAUGGGGUCUUGGUCCAAGAGCAUCAAAGAAAAAGCAAAUGAUUGCUAAUAAUUUAUUGGAUAAACAUGGUAAACCAAAUGAAAAUACACCAGCUGAUUGGAUGUCAAGUUAUAAAGAUUUUUCAGAAGUUAAAAAAGAAGAAAAUGGUAAUGGUAUUGCUGGUAAAAAACGUAGUCAUGAUGAAUCAGAAGUUGUUUCAUCAGCUGUUGAAACUGGUAAUAAUAAUGUAAAAAAAGAAGAUGAUGUAAAAAUGGAUGUUGAUGUAACAUCACCAAAAGACAAAAAGAAGGAAAAGAAAGAUAAAAAAAAGAAGAAAAAGGAUAAAAAAGAUAAAGAAGAAGGUGAAGAAGAUGCAAAUGAAACAUUAGCAACUGAAACUGAAGCUGAUGUUGGUGAAACGCCGAAAAAAGAUAAGAAAAAAAAGAAGAAGAAGAGUAAAGAUGAAGAAGCAAUGUCAUCAUAAUAAUUCAUAAUAAAACUUUUACUUUUUUUUUCACAUUAAAUUCGUAUUAUUCCAUUUUUUUUUUUUUAAUAUUAAAAAACAUUUAUAAUAAUUACUUGAGCUCAGGUUUUAUUUGUGAAACCAAGUUUAUAUUGUCGGUGACAAUAUAUAUAUAAUUUUUUUUUUUUUUCGUAUUUGGCUAAAACAACUUGCGCUGUAUAUAAUACGUCUCAAUACUUUUUUUAUAUAUAAAUUGCUGUUUAAUUUUCAUGCUGUUAAUUAUGUACCAUUCAGCCAAUUUACCUCAUCAAUAUUUUUCAAGUAAAUACAUUCGUUUUUUCUAUUUAAAAUUUAAGAAAGAGAAAAGAGAAAUGGUGGAUUUAUGUUUUGAUAUAAGGCAAUUGAAAUUACUAUUUUCA